AGCAUUCACAAAUUGAAGGAAAGAGUAAUUAUUAGAGAAGAAAGAAGAACAAUUCUCUCUAAAAAAAAAAAAAAAGUGUCAAAUUCAGUUCUUCCAACAAUUAGUUCGAAUUUUUAGGACUUUUUUGCGUAAAUUCUUGUUGAAGUUUCAUUUUUCUUAACUUUCCCCAUUUUUUAGGCUCAGAUCUGUACAUAUCAUAAUUAGCUUGAAAAAUCAUACAAUCAUAGACUACCACACAUUUAUUCAGGUUUAGAUUGAUUAUUUCUUUGUUAAUUGUGACAAAUUUAGGAAUUAGGGUUUGUCAGUACUAUUUAAUUUAGAUCUUUUGGUGGUAAUUAUGGCGGUUCCGACAAUUGCACUGUAUGCGAGUCCACCGAGUAGUGUGUGUUCCUCGCCUUAUUCAUGUCAGAUCAAUUCACACACAUCUUAUGAUUUCGAUUUGAACGGUAGAUCAUCCACGUCAUCAUCGUCAACAUCCUCGUCAUUUGUCGGUGGUUUAUCAUCUCUGUUCUCUUCACCAACACCGACGGUAAAGGCCAACUAUUCGACUGGUACUGAGGAUUUGGGAUCGUUAUGGCACGAUAGAGGCGAUGAAUUGAGCAGUUCUUUUCGUUGUUCGUCCUUAAGCUCGUCGUUAAAAAGAGAUCAUCAGAGUCCAGUAUCUGUGUUUCAAGGACCUAGCACUAGUAGUAGUGGAAUUGGAUCAUAUUCUAGAAGUCCACCUAAGAGAAUUGAUGGGACGUUUAAGGCCAACUAUUCGACUGGUACUGGUGGAUUGUUUAAUGGUUUUGUUAGGCAUGCUUUGGGAUCGUGUGUAGAUUAUGAUUCGACGACGUUUAAGGUUGUUGAUGUAGAUUCCAGGUCAUCAGGGUUAUUGGAUGAACUUACGUUUAACAUGGAGGAAGGAUUUGAUGAUCCUUGUGCUAAGAAUUUGUUAUUGGGUGCACAGGCGAGGCAUAAAAUCUUUUAUGAUGAUUUUGUUGUGAAAGCGUUUUAUGAAGCUGAGAAAGCUCAUAGGGGACAGGUGCGAGCAAGUGGUGAUCCUUAUUUACAGCAUUGCGUUGAGACUGCAGUUUUACUUGCAAUGAUUGGGGCUAACUCGACAGUUGUUGCAGCUGGACUUCUGCACGACACACUUGAUGACACGUUCAUGACUUAUGACUAUAUUUUUCGAACGCUAGGUGCUGGUGUUGCUGACUUAGUUGAAGGGGUGUCAAAGCUUAGUCAAUUGAGCAAGCUUGCGCGAGACUUCAAUACAGCUAGUAAAACUGCUGAGGCAGAUCGAUUACACACCAUGUUCCUUGCUAUGGCAGAUGCCAGGGCUGUUCUCAUAAAGCUAGCUGAUCGCUUGCAUAAUAUGAUGACUUUGGAUGCAUUACCAAUGGCGAAGCAGCAAAGAUUUGCAAAGGAAACUUUGGAGAUCUUUGCUCCUCUUGCGAAUCGCCUAGGCAUCUCAACCUGGAAGGAGCAGCUGGAAAACCAAUGCUUUAAACAUCUUAACCCAGAUCAGCACAAUGAGCUCUCGUCAAAACUUGUGAAUUCUUUUGACGAGGCUAUGAUUACUUCUGCCGUGGGGAAAUUGGAGCAAGCGCUAAAGGAUAAAUCUGUUUCUUAUCAUGUGCUUUCAGGACGUCACAAGAGCUUGUACAGCAUUUACUGCAAGAUGCUAAAGAAGAAGCUUAAUAUGGAUGAAGUCCAUGACAUUCAUGGGUUAAGGUUGAUUGUCGAAAAUGAGGAAGACUGUUAUAAAGCACUUCGAGUUGUUCACCAGCUAUGGUGUGAGGUACCUGGGAGAUGCAAGGACUACAUAGCGAAACCCAAAUGCAAUGGGUACCAAUCUCUUCACACGGUUGUUCUCGGGGAAGGCAUGGUGCCUCUUGAAGUUCAGAUCCGAACAAAGGAGAUGCAUUUACAAGCUGAAUAUGGUUUCGCUGCUCAUUGGAGAUACAAAGAAGAUGACUGCAGACACUCCUCUUUUAUUCUUCAGAUGGUGGAGUGGGCUCGUUGGGUCGUUACCUGGCAGUGUGAGACAAUGAGCAAAGAUCAGUCAUCUGUUGGCCACACUGAAUCCAUUCAGCCACCUUGCAAAUUCCCUGCUCAUUCUGAAGAUUGUCCGUUUUCUUGCAAACCUGAUUGUGGAACUGAUGGACCUGUCUUUAUCAUUAUGAUUGAGAACGAUAAGAUGUCUGUGCAAGAAUUCCCAGCAAACUCAACUGUCAAAGAUCUGUUGGAGAGAGCGGGUCGUGGCAGCUCUAGAUGGACACCAUACGGAUUUCCAGUUAAGGAAGAGCUAAGGCCAAGGAUGAACCAUGAACCAGUUAGUGAUCCAAACUGCAAGCUUAGAAUGGGAGAUGUUGUAGAAUUAACUCCAGCUAUACCGCAUAAGUCACUGGUCGAGUACAGGGAGGAGAUCCAGCGAAUGUACGACCGAGGUGUAAGCCCUCUUCCUGCUGCUGCCAAGACUGCUGUUGGGCUGAGGAGUUGACAGUUGAUGUUUUCUCCUCCUAGAUUAAAGUCUACCUUUACUCUUUGUACAUAAUUACAAACGAUAAGCAUUUGUACAGAACUAUCGUGUUCUGUUUAAGCAUUUGUACAGAACAAUCGUGGUUCUGUUUAUAAAAAAGUUUAGGUAACUGAUUUAUUUAAGUCUUGACUUGCAUUUCUGUGAACUUUGAAAGUGCAGACAAGCUCUUGCUGCUUUUCCAUUUUCCUAUAUUUAUCCUGUCGGGCACUUCUCUUUCA